UUCGGUCAACAAUAAAUAGCAAUUUGUGCGGAACUGCUUUAAUGAACGUGUUCAUGUCGACUCGCUGCGCACCGCGACUAAAUAUUUUUUAAACAAAGAUGUUACGUAAUAUCUCGUCCCGAUGUGACAGGAUUAUAAAAUUGGCGUAAUCCGGAGGAUUUUACAGUUUACGAUUUGAUUCGAUCGACAAAAGAGACGCGGUCGAGGCGGUCGGAUAUUCGAAGGGGGAAACUUACAAAAAAUAAGGAUGCUUUUCGCACGAGCGGUGACGUUCGUCGUCGCCGUCGUCGCUGUCGUUGGUGCUGACGAGCCUAUUACCGAAAGAAAAUGCGACAAGAACAUUCUGUGGACCGGCGGUACCUUCGAAUGGCCUUGCGUGGCCACGAAGAGCAUAUUCAAGAAUAGUGGUCGUUACAUCUCGAAGAACAUUCUCGCCACCAGGGUUGCGAUCUACAAGGAUGAUGCCAUCCUUGCUUUACCUAGAUACAAGCCUGGCGUGCCAGCGACCUUAGCGAGAGUCUCCUUGAAAGAUAAGAACUGCCAGGCCUCCCUCUGGGCCUUCCCUUGUUGGUCGCUCCAGGAAGAAGGUACAUGCUCAGCUCUACAAAAUGUCGUAGACCUCUUUUUGGAUCCCCAGGAAGUCCUGUGGGUACUGGACACUGGUGUUAUAAACUCUCUUGAGCAACCGGAGCGCAAAUGUCCACCAAAGGUUGUCGCCCUGAAUAUAAAAACUGGCAAGGUCCUGAAAACAGUCGAUCUGUCCGGGCUGACGAACUCCGCGUCCCGACUUCAGUACGUCGUGGCGGAUUACAAUCCAGACGGCCGCGUCUUCGUCUACGUGUCCGACGCAGCCUCGCGGGCGAUCCUGGUAUAUGACGUGACCUCUGGUCGUGGAUACCGCGUUGUACUUCCUCAAGCGGUGACUCUGAACUGCGAUCGCCGAGACGUGCUCUACCUCGCUCUGGUGCGCCACAAUGACGGUAGUACCUGCCUGCUCUUUACAUACUUGGGCAGCAGCCGCGUGUUCAGCAUCCGAACGGAUCAUCUCCGAAGUGGCAAUGCCCAAGGCAGGAUACAAGAUCUUGGAGUAAAACCACAGAAGAUAGUCAUUCUGGGCACAGACAAUGGUAGUGCUGUCUUCUUCCGCUACGUAGGCAACGGCGAGGUCUACAGAUGGGACAGCAUCACGCCCUUCGUAGCCGCCAACUUCCAGCCCGUCUACGAGAAUAGCUACGAAGGCUCUCUGCCUACUCACAUCGUACCCGAUUACAGGAGAGGACAGAUGCGCGUUCUCGAGAGCAACUUCCCGGAUUACAUGCAGGGUACCGUCGGCUGCGGAGCCAAUCAUGCGUUGAUCCUGAUGUAGAGCGAGAGGUUCUCGCCGAUUGUGAAUAGAUCGAGGAGAAGGAAUAGGAGAAUGGGUUGAUAACAGCGACAGGUUUCUUGGCCCCCCCGGCGUGCCCAGUCGGGAAACCGAGUAACAUUAUAAUUCAAUGAGAUUACCUUUUCAUGUUAUAGAUGCGGAACAAUAUGUACCUUACGCCAAUCGUCUUUCAUUGCCAUAAAUGUGUAGCGUAAAGAUCAUUCUUGUGUACGUGUAUGUGUUUACCUGUGUGUAUAUAUACGUGUGUCUGUAGCGUCGAAACUCGACUUGCAAAAAUUACAUUGGCUGCAAUGCAUCCUUUGCAACCGACGAUGCAAAAACUCCGACAGUAAGCAAAAUGUCAAUCGCUGACAUUCGUCGGAUGCAGAAAUAAACGUAUUAUAAAAAUUCAGCGUUUUUUAAUUUUCUCUCCGAACGCAACGUGC